AUGGACCUCCGUGUAGAGAUGAUAGAAGGAGACUGCGCCCCCACAGCCCUGACGAGAGAGAUGUGGGUACAAAUGAGGCAUAAGCUGCAGGAUAUAUAUCUCAUAGUCCUGAAGAAACGCAUGACUCGACUACGCCAGCGGACGCCGUUUAAGGCCGUUUGUACACAUGUGCCCCUGACAUUCCCCCGUGCCUGGCUGAGUAUUGUGAUGGAUGGCCAGACAGGACCUCUUUUUUCAUCAACGGCUCUUUUUUCCUCCGUGUAUGGGGACAUCUUGCGGGUGGAGAAGUCUACCCCAGGCACCAACCACAGCGUCUCCUCCACCAGCUUCCACCCUUCGGGCGGCUUGGGGCCUGCAACUACUGGCAGUUUACGCCUUACGGCUCCACACCUCAGGCAUACGCCUCCAGAAAGCUCUAUCUGA